AUGAGUGAGGAAAAAGUGAUGUAUACAGAUCUGAAAUUUCCAAAUACAAAGAAACAGAAAGAAAAAAGACAUCAAGAUCAGAAAAGGAGAGAAAAAGGCUAUGGUGCAUGUCAAGGAAAAUGGUCCUGCUGUGGAGAAAAAUGCUACUAUUUUUCAGAAAAAGAGCAUACAUGGGAAGACAGUGACAAAUUAUGCAAAGACCUGGGCUCUAGUCUUAUUAAGAUUGAUAAUAAAGAGGAACAGAACUUCAUUCAACUAAAGCUGAAAUACAAUUAUUGGAUUGGAUUAUCUAGAAAAGGAGCUCAGUACCCAUGGACAUGGCAAGAUGGCUCACAACUUUCUCAGAGCUUGAGUUUUCAACCAGCAGCUACCACUGAUGCAAAAUGUGGACUCCUCAAGCCAGCAAGUAUUAGUAAUGCUGGUUGUAUCAAAUACUUUAAGUAUAUUUGUGAAAAGAAUUUUACCUGCCUUGCUAUUUCAAAGAACUGA